UUUGUUUAAUCGACAAUGGUGCAGCUCUAACUCUUUCAAUGUGUUUUGUUAAAUUUUAGCAAAAAAUGUGCAAUUUUUGUGUAUUUAGUAUUAUGUUCAUUGUAAGAAAGUGAUUAACUAUAGAAUCUAGUAAAGUGCAAACGUGUGAAACUAAAUGAAAAAUGUCGUAUGCAGUAUAUGCCACAGAAAUGCCAAUGGACAACGACAACAGGACGGACUCGGAACGCGUUCUUCCAAUUGUGGUGUAGUUGUGUAUGGAUACUGAUUAGAAGACGAAAAUUUGCAAAUUGGAUGCCACAAAAACAAAAAGUGUGCUUUUUAAAAGAAAUGUGACAGUAAAAAACCAACAACCACACAUAAACCCAAAUCACAUACAGCCCAGCACACACACAAACACAAUAACACACACACACACACACACACAUAGGCAUGUGCAGCAGGGCGAGCUAAUCUAUUGUAAAUAAACCGCAUACUGGUCUAUUGUGAACGCUCACUGUUCUCGGUCACGUACGCCGUUUGUUGUUGCAUCUGUGCUCUGAGCCCAAACUAUUGCGAAUUUGUUAAAAAGAAAUUUUAUCAAGGCAACGAACGAGCCCAGCGGCAUGUAGAAAACAUUCAGCUGCAACUUCUUAAUUAAAGAUAUUAAACGCAAACUCAACGAACAGCAACAGCAACAACAAGCACAGCAGCAACAGCCGCUGCAAUUUAUGCAACAGUCGCGCAAAUUUGAGGGCAAAAUACCAAAACUAAGUCAACAACAACAACAACACCAGGCGACAACAACAGCAACAUCUAGUCAGCAACAGCAACAACAAAUUGUUUGCAUCAACAUGUUGCCCGCGGCCAAUACACUAAAUGGCAUUCCACAGCAGCAGCAGCAGCAUCAGCAGCAGCAGCAGCAGCAACAACAACAAUAUACCAGCACGGAUGGCAAUGUCUAUCAGCUGCAAAAUGAAAUACUCUGUGAUGCAAAUGGGCAGGCAACAACAGCAACGACGGCCACAUAUCAAACAACAGUUGCUGCCGUCGCCAGCAGCAGCAACAGCAGUCCGCAGCAGCAGCAUCAGCAACAGCAACAUGUUGCUGCCAGCGUUGCCGACAAUGUGGUCACAACUAUUAGUUCGUCCUCCAUCCUGCACACGAACGCCACCACAAAUGGAGCAACGGAUGGCCAACAGCAGCAGCAGCAACAGCAACAGCAGCCCCAAUAUCAUUAUAUAACCACAACUGGAGAGGAUGGCCAGACACCGACGACCAUAGUCUUUGAGAACUACAACGGAGGUUUGCCCGCGACGGCGGUUAGCGCCGCCGCAGUGACCCCUGUCGUUAGCAGCAUCGAUGUUGGCGGCGGUGGUGCUGUUGGUGCUGGUGGCGGUGGCGUUGGCACAGCGCCAACAACGACAACAACAACAACAGCGUUGGUGAAUACGGAUGGCACAAUUAUUGAGUUCGACGGCAGCACCUACGAGGAGUAUCAUGUGCUGAAAAGCGAGAAUGGAAGCAGCGAUUGCCUGAGCAAUGGCAGCAGCGCCGUGGCGGCGGACAUUAUAAAGUACGAGCCACAGCAUGUGGGUGACGAUGAGGAGCUGUUGGGUGAGGGUGAGGAGAGUGGACUGCAAGUUAAAUACGAGGAGCAGAGCCUGGAGCAUGAACAUGAUUUCGAGGAAUAUCACGUGAUUAAAUCGGAAGUGGAGGCCGAGGCGGCGGAACAGGCGGCUGGCACCAUCAGCUACACCAUCACCAGCCACGACGACCAGCACCAACAACAACAGCAGGAGCAGCAGCAACAACAGCAGCAACCACAACAGACCAUCAAUGAUGCGAUACCCGGCAUGCUCUCGAAAGCGGCGGCGGCCAAGCAGAAACGUAAACGCAAAACGCGCGUCAUUGCGGAGGAUGAGCAGGGCGAGUAUCUGGAGAAGAUGAGCGUGCGCGGCCUGGACAUAGCGCGCUACGAGCACAUUAUCGAUGGUGUCGCCUAUUGCCUGGUCUGUGCCAAGAACGACAUCUUCAAGACGUUCAAGAACAAGUACAGUUUCCAGCGGCAUGCGUAUCUCUUCCAUGAGGGCCAGAAUCGCAAGAUAUUCGCCUGUCCCAUAUGCAACAAGGAAUUCUCGCGGCCGGAUAAAAUGAAAAUGCACAAGAAGGAUAAGCACGGGGAUGUGCCUAUGCCGCCCUCAUCAGCGUCGAGCACGCCACAAAAAUCUGAUGCGACGGGCACGCCGGCGGCGAAGCGUGCGCGGACCACACGAACGCCGCGCGUGCGCAAGCUGAAGGCGGGUGAUGCGGCCACGCCCGCCAAGAAGCGUUUGGCCCAAAUUGACAGCGUGCUGGAUGAGGUGCAGAAUGCCGAGGCGGACCAGCAACAACAGCAGCAGCAACAACAGCAGCAACAACAGCAACAACAACUACAGCAACAGCAGCAACAGCAAACGACAACCGCAGCGCCGCAGCAGCAGCAGCAGCAGCAGCUGCAAACGCUGCCCUCGCUGGACUUUAGCGGCAUGAUACUGCCGGGCGGAGCACAGCUGGCGUUGGCCAAUCCCGGCGCAAGCAGCUCGAUGACGCUGCAACGCGGCCAGGCAACGCCCACGCAGAGUGCACAGCCAACGACAACGACGCUCAUCUAUUCGAAUCAGCUGGAGUUGCAGCAGGCUUUGCUGCAGCAACAGCUGCACGGGCAGAGCAUUAUGAUACAGGAUCAGGCGGGCAAUCUGGUGCCAUUGCAGCUGGAUGGCACCCAAACCAUCUACACAACGGCGCCAGCGCCGCAGCGUGCGCAGGCGACAACGUAUCAAACCACAACGCAGCAGCAGCUGCAACAGCAGCAGCAGCAACAGCAGCAUGAACAGCAGCAGCAGCAGCAGGUGGCCACCAGUCAGGCGCAAACACAGCCCACACACUACGAUCUGGACAAUGUGACCUACCUCAGUUCGACGGCAGCGGCGACGCCCACACUGCCCAACGAGCAACAGCAGCAGCAGCAACAUGUCAUUGGAACCGUGCAAAGCUAUCAGAUACUCACGCCCGACGGACUGCAAAGCUUUCAGCCCAAGCUGGAGGCCACGGAACUGGGUGAUCUGUGUCCGUACACCAUGAGCGCGACGGGGGCGCCACAAUACACAUUCACCACGCACGCCAGCGCGCAGCCCACACUGAAUGCGAAUGCGCUGGACGCCCAAACCCAACAGCAUCACCAGCAGCAGCAACAGCAGCAGCAGCAGCAACAGCAAUCGCAGCAUUUGCUGCAACAGCAUCAAUUUGGCCACAAUCCGCAUCAUCAGUUUAUGGAGCUGAAGAAUGAGCUGCUGAUAAAGAGCAGCGAUGCGUAUACGCUGGAUGCCGCCUCCAUGUACCACCUGCCCUUCUCGCCGACAUCGAUGAUAAACGCGGUAAACGAUGUGAACAACUCGUCGCUGCUGGAGACCAAAGAAAUUAGCAAUGGCAACAACAACAACAACAACGGCAGCAACAGCAGCAGCAGCGCUGGCAACAACAGCAACAACAACAACGUGAGCAGCAGCAAUGGCAUCAAGGCAACCAUCGGCAAGAAGACGCCCGUCAUUCUGCUGGCCGCACGUGGAGCAGUUGGCGCUGGUCACAAAUCGCAGCAGCAGCAGCAGCAUCAGCAACAACAACAUCCGCCGCUAGCCAUCAUCAAUGGCAGCCAAACAGGCGGCAAGCCAUCGGUCACAUUGCUGCGCGUCAAUACGAACGCCAAUCGCAGCCGCCAGGUCAUCAUCGCGCCAGACGCAUCUAGCCUGCCGCAACAGCAACAGCAGCAGCAGCAGCAGCAACAGCUGGUUGAGGAGGAGGAGGAGCUCAUCGAUGAGGAUGUCUAUGAGGAUGGCCUGUGCUCAUCCACAGCGCAAAUCUUGCGCAAAUUUCGCAUACCCAAAGGCACUGCGCUUACGGCCAAAUCUGUGGAUGGUUAUUUAACCAUGCCCACGCCCACGCCCUCGCCGCCAAUUGCAACAGCUGGCGUUGCGCUAGAUGCGGCCAGCUAUGUGGACAAUACAGACGACAUCAUCGAAGAGCUCAACGAAGAUGAUCUGGUCGAGGAGGUCAUCGAUGAGGAGGCCAACUGCGAGGAGCAACAACUGCUGCUGCAAGAGCAGCAUCAGCAGCAGCAGCAGACAGCGCAUGACAACGAUGGCCUCGAUCUCAGCAGCAGCAGCAACAGCGACCACACAGCAGCUGCGGCAACAUCCACAAUGCUGCUGCAGCAGGCGCAACAGCAACAACAGCCGGCGGCAGCGUUGCAGCUGCAAACCGUGGGCCCCAAUGGCACCGUGACCUGCUUCAAUCUGCCACCGAAUACCAUAUUGGUGCAAUCAUCCGAUGGCAGCAUUAUAGCGCAUCCCAGCAAGGCUGGGCAGCAGCAGCUGAUUGUGCUGCCCGCGGACUGGCCCACGGCCAAUAUGGCGCUGGCUGAGACGUCGGCAGCAGCAGCUGCUGCACCGCAGCCAGCCCAAACGCAAACGCUGCUGCUGACAGCCGAUGGCACCGCCAUACCCAUAAUGGCACCACUGCAGCAGCAGCAACAGCAGCAGCAGCAACAGCAGCAGCAGCAGCAACAUCAGCAGCAACAACAGGCCGCAGCUGUUGCUGCCGCAGCGCAGCUUUUUGCCGCGUAGGGUCUAAUGGGUGGCCAAAUGGGUCGAUUUUUGAAUAAUGCCACAAUAAUGCCAACAACAUAUUUCUUUUAAACUCAAUCAGCGAAUGUUGCGCAUGCCGCAAAGCAGCCACAUGGCGGGGCACAGCUUCGUUGUGCUGCUUUGCGCCAGUUGCAACAGAGACUAAAUGCAAAACAAAAUAGACUUUAAUUUUUUUUUUUAUAUAAAUUUGUAAGCCCUUUCGACAAUUUGUUUGGGGCAUGAAACAUACAAAAAUCGACACAUUUGGCCACCAAAACAGGCAGCAAGAACAAAAGCAAAUCAAAACACAAUUAAAUUAAAUCUAUAUUCAAACAAUAAAAACGAAGCCAAGUAAAACUUAAAAGCAGCCACAAACUCAAUUGUAAAGCUAUGCAAGAAAAAGUAUAAGAAACUCAACUGAUAUUACAUAAUGUUAAAAUGCAUACCAAAUCUAUUUUUCUACAUAAAACAAAAUCACAUAACAUGCAUAUAUAUAUACGUACAUAAAGAAUCCUAUAUAUAUAUAUACUUUGUAUAUAGUAUAUAUUAAACUCAUGUUUAUGUUCAUGUUGUGCGCAAAAUGUUAAAUGCAAAGAAGUAAAAAUUCAAACAAAAUGUUGUUCAUAACUGACACACACACACACACACACACACAUGCACGCACAUCACUCAUGCACGGCAGUGUUGUGUAACAAAUUCUGUAAAUUUCAAAUCAACACUUAAAUUAUUUUUUAACACAUAAGUAGCGUAUAUAUAAGUGCAAAAACAAAAAAAAAA